AUGAUGGACAAGAAAUACAACUCCUUAACAGGUAUCAUCGAAAAACUUAUGGACAAGACCCAGACCACAAACGCCCCGUUUGAACCAGAUGAGGUCGUUGACAUGUUGUCAUCUCUCAUACCGCCAAGAGAAACACUCGCUGUUUCCUCCCUUGAUAUACGGCAAAUUGUGAAAAUGUUCAAUCUAGUGUUGGAGGAGAACUAUACUCCGAUUUGGGAACUUCCAUGUGAGGAGUUGAUUCCAGUUCCAUCUGGGCUCAAGAAUGAGCUACAAAGAAUUUCAGUUGCCACUGGAAAAGACUACUUAAACGAACUCGCUGGUCGCAUGCGUCUUAAUCAGAUAAUGAUCGACUGUAUUCUGUCAGAACGCGAAUUUAUCUCGCAGCAGAAGCAGAGGACUGAUCCUAUGGCAACAAAUCUCGUUGUCAUUGAGGCAAAAGGUCGCAACGGGAUGAGCGAGGGUGAGGCUCAAUGCCUUGGAUACAUGGCCAUGAUCCACCACGUCCGGAAGAUGGAAAACAGGCUUGAUACUGUUGUGUAUGGUUGUGUGUCUGACGGGUUUAUCUUUACUUUCCUCAGAAUUGACAACAGCGACAAGUAUUCAAUCUUCCAAAUGCCAAUGUGGACUGAAGGUCUCCCGUCCCAGCGGAUAUAUACUCACCUACGCCACAUCCUCCGACAUGCGGCUGCAGCAACGGCUUCUGGGAAUAAAAGAAAGGUCAAAGAUUUGAGCUCAACUCAAGGUACUCCAGUUUACAGAGUGCGUAUUGGGUCCUCUACAGAGGAUGAUGCCGAAGACAGCUCCUCAUUAGCCACUUGUAUAGAUUAA